AUGAUUGUGAAGACAGUGCCUCUUCCUGCUGGGUCGACGUCAGUUCUGGCGAAGCCAACAAAGUACCACUACUAUCCUCAUAAUCAACACAUCUAUUUGUUACCUGAAUGCGCCAUACAACAGGUUUGCAACGCCGUGUAUGUGCGGCUCAACUACACGCAGCCUCUUUGCGCAUGCCCAGCCCGAUACCGAGACCCGUGUUCAGCCAGUCUUAACGCCGAUGACUUGCAUACUACGCGACUUACCACAGAUUCCAAAAAGAAGUAUGCGAGUAAGGCGGUGACACUGGUGAAAACUUGCGAGGCAGUCUCAGAGAUGCGUGAAUGCCGAGCGCCGCGAGAUUGGUCACUAUUGGCAUUACAGAACAUCAGGACCGGCAAGUCUCACUACCUGGUUAUUUGCAAAUGUCCCGAAGAACAUAUAUUAGAAGGGCCAAUGUCGCAUGACCAGCCAACCUAUGCCUCGGUACCAGGGAUCAGAGUGUACGGCAUGAUGUGCGUUCGACCGACCACUGCUUAUCAUUCACCUUACAAGAACCGUUUUACCUCUGGCUUGAGUAUCCAGAGUACUACAGGAGCCUACAAAGUGGACUAUUCUCAAACGCACUCAUAUGCAGACAAGCAGCCUGUAUACAACAGAUACCACUCACACAGCUACAGCGAUCCAUAUUACAACAGGAGAUCUCGGAUUGCAAGAGUUAGGCGGUCAACCGAAGAUUAUCCCCCAUUUCCAUGGUACAAAGUUAUCGAACUAGCACGGUCAUUACAUUGGAUUAAUUAG